GGUGCCUGCCCUGCCUGCCUGCCUGCCUGCCUGCCCCGCGUCAUCCCGCCGCCAGCCGUUCAGUCACAUGGCCGAGCAUCAUCUACCUUACAUGCACUGGAUGCACCAUCUCUAACAGCAAUCCAGAAGACAAAGCUUCUCUUCUUCAUAAUCCAACUCUUUGUGUCUCGCACCAAACUCUUCUCGCCGCAUGGCUCGACGCAACAGCACUAUAGAAACGGACUCGCCCUGUUGCACCGCGUCUAGGCAGCCCCCACUAUGUCGAACCUCUUCACAGCCGAGCUCAAGCCAGGGCGCUAUCUAGGCUUCCUGAUCCUCGGCGCAUCGCUACACGAUGUCUUGACCCGCCUCAAGGCAGAGCCCCAGCGGUUCCCCCACAUCCAACUCCUCUACUCCCCCAGCCAGCCCAUCACCGAGCCCGUGCGUGUAUCCCUCCCGCAGAACGGCAUGCGCCUGUGCUUCGACGGGCCCGAACAGCGGCUGCGUCUCAUCGAAAUCCUCGACUUUGGCAAGAACCACAUCACCUUCAACGACAGGGACCUCGUGCGCCCCGGCGAGACCAUGGGUCGACCGACCUUUAAGCACAUCUACAAUCGUCUCUUUGGACCGACGUAUGAAGGGGAGUUCAUAGCGAAUGCAGACAACAGCGACGAAGGCGGCGGCGCCCUCUACGUCCUCUCGUACCCUGGCGUGGCAUUCAACUUCCCCCUCACGGCCGACGAGUGCGAGGCCAACACGGGCGCCGUGACCCUGCUGGCCAAGAAAGAGGCCACCUCGAUGGCGAUCUUCAGCGGACCCUCUUGGGCCGAGUCGCGACCGACGCUGUGGACCGAGGUGCUGCCGAGCUGCAAGGUGACGGGGCAGAUCCCCAAGAGCAAGGACGUGUUCCCCGACGAGGUCUCGCUGGCGAGGCUGCACGGGGGCGGCAAGGUCGAGCUCCAGCGCAAGUGGCAGCCCACGGGUGCCUCCUUUGUCAUCCAGCUCGGCGAGACGACGCCGCAGGACCUGGUGCGCGAGCUGGGGCCCCCGAGCGCCAUCUACCGCAAGAACGACCAGAGAAUGGUCAUACACAAGAUGCGCACGGCGGCCAGCGACGCGCGGGACCGGCCGAGCCACACGAGUCUACGGCCGGAGGAGCUGACUGACACGGAUCACUCGUCGAUGAACACGGGCAGCGAGGAGGACUCGGACGAGGAGGCCAUGACGGUGGAGGAUGGCGUGCACGGGGACCCGUCGGGCGAGUGCUUCUACAACUACUUCUACCUCGGCUUCGACGUCCUCCUGUCGACGCCCGUCAGUCCCUCGCCGGCACCGCCUGGGCAGCAGCAGCAGCAGCAGCAGGGGCAGAUCAAGACACAUCACCCGGACCGACUGGUCGCGACCAAGAUUGUGCUACACGGCAACAUCCCCGGGUCGUACGAGUUCAACCGCCACCGCCGCCUACGCUGGGAGGUGGCCUACCUGGGCUCGGACCCGAUCACGUCCGAGUCCCCCUUUGCGGACGUGGAGGCGCGGAUGGGCGACACGUGGAUGCAACACAUGUCGGAGCGCGGCGGCAAGGGGAUGGUCCUCAACAGGGGCUGGGGGGACUCGCCGGGCUCGAGCUGCGAGCUGCUCGGGGGGUGGGAGGACAGCAGCGGCCGGAUCGAGGGGUCGUCGUCGGCUUCGAAUGGGGACUCGACGACGACGCUGUUUGGGUUUCCUGGUCUGGUGUUUGAGGUGUUGAGGAAUGGAUAUGUGAAUACCGUAACGGUUUUUUAGGGUUGGGGCCUGGGGGUGGUGUCUGGAGUUAUUGGGAGUAAGCGGCAUGAGAUAUGAUGGCUUUCAUGAUUAACGAAUAGGGUCGUCUUUUAAUACCCAAGCGCAGGUUCAUCGCAACCCAGUACAGACUACAGAG